AGAAGAAGAAGAAGAAGUACUUUUUUUUUGCUUUUUUUUUUUGUUCUUUUGCUUUAUUUGUUUUUUUUGUUUCCGUCUUUUUUGUGGUGUGUCAAUGAAAUGGGAGAAAUGGAGAUCGAAGAAAUCGAAGGUGUUCUUGAGAAAAUCUGGGAUCUACAUGACAAGCUUAGCGAUGAGAUUCACUUGAUUUCGCGUUCUCACUUCCUCAAAUCCGUUAAACCUUCGAAUCGAUCGGAGAAGAGGAAGACGGCUCAUCAUCAUCACCCAAACGGCGUAGAUGAUAACCGACCGGGUUAUGUUUUCAUCAAAGGAUUCGCCGUUGACGAUAACGACGACGACUCCACGAUGCGAGAGGCCAAGAGUCUUAACGCUAUUCGAACCGCUCUUGAGAACCUUGAAGACCAGCUUGAGUUUUUCCAUACUAUUCAUACACAGCAACGAACAGAGAGAGAUGUCGCGGUUGCCCGGCUUGAGCAGAGCAGAAUAUUACUAGCAAUGAGAUUGGCUGAACACCACGGCAAGAACUACGGAGUCUUAGAGGAAGCUCUUGCAUUUGUUGGGAGCAUUAAAACCGCCAGUCAUUUCGUCUCGCCUGAUCACCUCUACGAGUCCUUGCUAAACCCAUCUGGAGCAAACUCUAUUCCUCCUGAUGGCCAGAAGUCAAACUUUGUAAUCACUGCCUUUGCCUCGACUUUCGGGUUUGCCAAAAGAGCACUUGGAUUCAACCAUGUGAGAGGCCUACUUGGAAACGCUGCUAUAUUCGCCAUUAGCAUGGUUGCUAUGCUACAUCUUCACCGAGUGGCUACUAGUGAACGUCAUGUACAGAAGAAAGAAGACAGAUUCUACAGAAGCCAACGAAGGGAUUCAUAUGGAAGAAGAGGAGAGAUAUCUUCAGGUGACAGAAGUUUGGACCACUUGGACGUGAUGAUGGCUCGUGGUUAAGACCAAAGACCGAACUUGUCCUCUACACGUGAUGAUACUCAGAUGCCUCCAAAUCCUCCAAGAAGACAAUUGUUGCUCUUUUAUGAUCUUGUUUUCGAUAUUAUCAGUAAAAGGAUAAGAACUUGGAGGCAAUGUGUUGGAAUUUUCUGAGCUCUUCUGAUGCAAAUAUCGUUUCUUGUCUUCUCGUUUUGAUUGUCAAUCACUGGUUAAAUUUUUGUUUGUUUUGUUUGGUUGGUUUGAUUUUGUUGAUUUUAAUUACGGUUAGGGCAUCUUUAAAGGGACAACU